AUGAACACAACAGGUGACAGCACACAAGAGUGUGUUUGUUUUUCAUUUCCAAACCAAAGUUCAUGUGAACGGAUCGAAUUGCAUGAGAAUAAGCUGAAAAUGGGUACACCAAUAAAAUUUUAUUACGAUUUUCUUUCGCAACCAUCAAGAGCGCUGUAUAUAUUCCUGAAACUGACGAAGAUCCCUUUCGAAGAAAACCCGAUUGCUUUGAGAAAAGGUGUACACAUGACUGAUGAGUUUCGAGACAAAGUGAAUCGUUUCAAGAAAGUGCCGGCAAUUGUUGACAAUGGAUUUCAGUUGUCGGAGAGUGUAGCCAUCUUCCGCUAUUUGGCCAGUCGGAACAAAAUCGACGACCAAUGGUAUCCAAAAAAUGACCAAGUGCGUGCCCGUAUCGAUGAAUAUUUGGAAUGGCAACAUUAUCACACACGUCAAACGUGCGCACAAUAUUUCAUACUGAGCUACAUGAAACCACGUACAGUCGGGCCCUCUGCUGGAGAUGCACAAAUUGUUGCAUCGGCCGAGACUCAGAUGACUCAAACAUUGGAUAUGAUUGAGAAUUUAUGGCUCCGACCGGGUUGCUUCAUUUCCGGCACAAAUCAACUAUCAUUUGCCGACAUUCUGGCCGCUUGUGAAAUCGAACAACCAACUAUUACAGGCUAUGAUCCAACGGAGAAUCGCCCGAAUUUGGGUGAAUGGAUAAAGCUGGUGAAAGAGCUAACCAAUCCAGUCUAUGAUGAGGCACAUGAAAUUUUGUAUCGGCUUAGAGAACAAGAACGGGCAAAACUUUAGGUGCAAUCGUCAAAUCAUAGACAAAAUGAGAAUUCAUGAAUGUGGAAUUUUGGGUACAAAUAUUAUGAUGUCAAGAGUUACAUAGUGUUCAAUAAAAACUAGGUUGCAUGAGUUUAGGUAAUUGA